AUGCACAUGCACAUGUGUACAUACAAAAUUUACUUUCAAGUUUAUUUUAUUUCUAUGUAUGUGUUUCAGAUGCAGUGCUGAGCUACCUCAUGGGUCCAAGAUUUCUGGUUUAUGCAAGCUGUGCACUUUCUAUAUGGGGAGAUCGAAUGUGGCACUUUGCUAUGUCUGUAUUCCUGAUAGAAUUGUAUGGACAUAAUCUCCUUUUAACAGCUGUUUUUGGGUUAGUGGUGGCUGGCUCAGUACUUGUGUUUGGGGCCUUAAUUGGAGAUUGGAUUGAUAGAAAACCAAGAAACAAAGUUGCUCAUGCAUCGCUGUUCAUUCAGAACUCCUCUGUCACUGCCUGCUGCGUAGUACUGAUGUUGGUGUUCUCUUACAAAGCCGAGAUUGAGCAAAUGUGGCACGGCUGGUUUACUGUGUUCUGUUAUGCAGUGGUAAUCAUCUUAGCCGAUCUGGCAAACCUGGCAAGCACAGCGCUGACAAUAACCAUUCAGAAAGACUGGAUUGUGGUCAUCACAGGUGAUAACAGAGGCCAACUGGCUGGAAUGAAUGCAGCUAUAAGAAGAAUGGAUCAAGUCAUAAAUAUCUUCGCUCCUCUGUCUGUGGGGCAGGUUAUGACUUGGGCCUCUAAUGUCAUUGGCUGUGGAUUUAUUCUUGGAUGGAACUUGAUCUCUCUUCUGGUAGAAUUUAUAUUCCUAUCCAGGGUGUAUCAACUAGUGCCUCCUUUGGCUGUAAAAUCUCAACAGAAUGCAGGAGAAUAUGUUAUAGAAAGACAAAUGGAACUUACAAAUGUGCCGGGAACAGAUCAGUCGGGGUCCACUCUUCCCAAGAAAGCAGGAAUUCUUAUUGCAGCUUACUGCACAGUGGAGCAGUUGCCACCAGAACCAUUAAAACCUUCUGACUGGUAUUUUACAGGGGAUCUUCCCAUUUGCUCAGCUGUUGUUGAAUUCAUCAACAAACCUGGGAUUCCAGAGGCACCGACGGAGCAGAAAUCCAGUCCUGAAAUGCAACGCAAGUCAGUCACAAAACUGCCUCUUUGCUUCAGAAAAAUGCACAGGAUGCUGUGUACGUGCAGAGAUGGCUGGAAAGCAUAUUACAGGCAGUCUGUCUUUUUAGCAGGCUUGGGUUUAGCCUUCUUGUACACCACAGUGCUUGGCUUUGACUGUAUCACUACAGGGUACGCCUACACGCAGGGGAUCAGUGGCUCUCUUCUCAGCAUACUCAUGGCUCUUUCUGCCUUCUCAGGACUAAUGGGCACAAUUUUGUUUACUAAGCUAAGGAAGCAUUAUGGCUUGGCUGUCACAGGAGUCGUAUCCAGCCUCCUCCAUGUAAGCUGUUUAAUGCUGUGUGUGUUUUCAGUCUUUGCCCCCGGCAGUCCUUUUGACUUGGGUAUUUUCUCUCUUCUCACAAGUAAGAACUCUUCCUUAAACCACAAGACACUGCAAAAGAACCAGCUGCAUAUUUACCCAUUCCAAAGAAACAUCAACCAACCCAUACUGCCAGAUCGUUCUUCAAUUCAUUGGACUAAUAAUACAGUGCUGUUGGACAGCGUGCAUGGGAGCGAUCACCCAGAAUCCUAUAUUUCAAUCAUUCUCUUGUUCUCAGGAGUGAUACUAGCCAGAAUUGGUAAGUAUACAUGAAAUUUGCCACCACAUGCGGAGUCACUUCACUGGGUAAAUGAUUCUAUGAACAAAAAACAGAUGUGAUGAUCUCUCUGAUACGUAUGGCCCACAUCAUCAUAGUAUUGACUGUUUCACAGUCUAAUAUAUUUAUUCUCACCACACCCCUGUUAGAUAGGGAAGUGCUGUUAUCUCCGUUCUACAGAUGGUGUCGGGAUUCUGGGCGAAGGUAGGCAGGACUAGUGGCAGGAGCUUAAGAGCCGGAAUCGGAAGCCUAAUCUCUCUAAUCUAAUCUUAAGAACAGAAUCAUUUGAGCAAAUGGACGUUCCAUUGGCUUAGAGCCAGUCAAAAAAAUCCCUCAACAUGA